UUUUUCUUAACUUUUUUUUUAUUUUUUAAUUUUUUAAAUUUUAAAUUUUUAAUUUUUUAACAUAUCUAGGGUAUUAGGGUCCUUUUACCUAUUAAAUGGAACAUUUUGGUCAUUUUCCUCCUUGGAGUCUAUUUUUGUGAUCAAAACUUGAAAAUGUUAUAUUUAAGAGAAUUUCCCUUUCAAAUUCGAACUUUUUUAUAAUUUUUUUACAAUUUUUUUUCGAAUUUUUUUUUUCAAAUUUUCUUUUUGUAAUUUGAAAAUACUUUUUGAAACUAUUGUUAAAUUUUUUUAUUUUCAAAUUUUUAAUAUUUAUUUUUAGUUUAUAAAAUUUUAAAUUUCAAUCCCAAAUCCCCACCUCUUAACUCUAAACCCUAAGGUUUGGAUUAGUUAACCCUAGGGGUAUAAGUGUAUAUUUAUCUCUUUAAUAAAAUAUUUUGGUCAUUUUGAUCCUUAGAGUCUAUAUUUGUGACAUACAUUUUUUUAGUGCUAUCCUAGGGUAUUUCUCUUAAGACAAAUUGAUUACGAUUUUUUCGUUACUACCCAGUUUGUGGUUAUCGUUUUGGUUUUGUUUUUAACUAAAAUCAGCUUCUUUGAGGUUGUGGUAUAUCCACAGAUUGGUUGACCAAUAGUAUUUGUUUAUUGUAGGUUCUUUUUUUUUUGAGCAAAUUUUAUUGUAGGUUCAAAUCCUUGAUUCGUCUAUAGGAAAUUCUUGGAAACAAAUUCUCUGCCGGCGCUUACAAAGUAUGCAUUCACUUAGCUUUAGAUUGUUUUUAAUAAAGAUUCGUUGAAUCUUUGUGCUAUUGUUAUGUUUGAUCUUUUUGUUUGUUUUGAUUCUGUGAAAGAUUGUUCAACAUGGAAGACGAAUAAGUACAUUAAUCUUACAGUUUCUUGGUGGUUCUUCCUCUGAAAUGAAAAUUUGGGAGUGUCGAUUACUUUAUUGUGUUCCAUUAUGUUAAUAUCGCAGUGCUGGUCUUUGUCGUUGUUACUGGUUUCUCAUACAUAGCAACACUUGAUUGCUAUUUAGGUCCUAGGACAGAAUCAGUGGACUGAAUGUUCUUCUGAGGAGCUGCUCUCCGUUCAAGAAAAUGGGUAAUCCAUUAUGUCUUUCCUUUCACCAGGGUCAGAUGGCAAAUCAUCGAUAUUGGUAUCAGGUACUGGAGGAGAUUUUCUUUUGUCUUUCCUUUCAUCAUAUUCAGGCAGUAGCAGAUCAUUGACAUUAGUUUCAGGUACCGAAGUACAUACUUUUUUGUAGUAUUUUUCCAUUGAUUUUUUUUCUGAAAAAAAAGCUGUGUUAAACAAUACAAUCGAAAGGUAUGAAUUUUAAAAUUCACUUUUGCAAAUCAAAAAGAUGACAAUGUUGACCGAGAACUUUAUAUUACUUUAUCAUCAUCACAUCAGAGUCAGCGAAACCAAAUCGAUAUUAGAAUUUUUCAAGAACACAGUUUAUCAAAAAAAAUCAGCAGAGAAUUGUAGAAAAGUUUUUGUAUAUCUGUAAGAGGUUUCUUUUCAUUAUACCAUUAGAAUAAAGUAUUAACCAUGAAAAUAAAAGAACAAAUUAAGAUAGACAAAAAGUUACCACUUGUUGAAAUCAAGACGAUGAACACACGAGAAAGAAGUUUCAUUAGGGUUUUUAGUUUGUAACUUUAGCAUAAUUAUGUCAAUUUGGUAAAACAAUAAUUAUAUUUCUAAAAUGGGCUUGGAUAACAUACUUGAAUGGGCUGUGAUAUGUGGGGGCAAAAAAAAAUUCAUCAUUGUAACAUUUUUUAACUAAAACAAAUAUAGAAAAAAUCAAUAAUUUUUUUUUGUGGGGCAGCUGCCUCCUCCUUAACGUAUGUAGGUUCAUCCAUGACCGUACUAUGAUAGAUGUUUGUGGCAUAUGUGGUUAUUAUAUCAUGAAAAAAUAAUAUUUCUAUAAUAAACAAAAGAACAAAUUUUCAUUAAUAUAAAUUAUAAAAUUUUAUAAUUAAAUAAAAAUUAAUAAUGGUGGAUUAGUAACAAAGUAAAAAAAAUUAAAAUCAUAAACAAUAUAUAUUAAUAGUAUUGAAUAAACAAAUGAAUAAUAUAAAACAAGAUAUAUAACACCAAAAUAUACAAAAUAUAUUAAAUAAUAAUUAUAAACAAAAUUUAAAUAAAUAUUAAAAACGAAAAAAUAACCACAUAAAUGAACCAAAAGCCACAAACCAUAACCAGAUCAGCAUCAAACCAAAAACCAAAAAAUAUAAGAAACGAAAAAAGUUUAUAAAAUCUCAUCAAAUCAUAAAACUUCAAUUUAAAACAUAAACUAUAAAUAUACAUAUAAAUAAUUCCGCGCCACCGCGCGGGUCAGAAUCUAGUUCCUUCUUAAUAUUGAGUCCAAAACAAAUAGCAAAAUGAGCGAAAUAUGAAGUUCCUUAUUUGCAAAUACUAAAACAUUCACACAACCUAUGAAAAAGAAAGACAACAUACAUUUCUUAUUGGACAAUGUCAUGAUUCUUCCUAAGAACAUCAAAAGUAUACAUAAAGAGUUCUAUCAUUCAUUCCCCAAUAGAAUCCGCUUGAUUCUGAGUAAUAACCAAUAUUGUUGCGAGUAAAAGAUGAAACCAAAAUUAAUAUGCAUAUUAUUAGAUGACAAAUAUUUCUUUUCGGUUGCUUGAAGAAAUAUACAUUCAAGUGAGGUUACCUUGAAAGCGAUGAAGCUUCAAAUUUCUUGAAUCCUCAAAUGAUUUCUUAGACUGUCGUACAUAUGUGAAUAUGCAUUUUCUUCUUCAAAUUUAGUUUUUGUGUCUUCCAUUCACUAGAUUUAUGACUUUUGUUGCAAAGAACCAAACCAAUAACAUGAAAGUUAAGAAAAUUGAUAUCACUCAAAUUACCACAAGGAGUGAUGUGUACUCUCUCAAAUAAGAGGUUCAGUCGUAGUACUUAAGGAUCAAAUCCACAAAGAGUCAAGGCACACAAUAGAUCUUAAUCAGUUUAUGAUUAAGCUAGGCAAACAGAGUAAUUAAUAAAAAGCAAAGGUGACAAGGUAGUUGUUCACUUGAUUGAUUGAUGUUGUAAACAAUUAUGAGAAAUAGCUAGAUCUAGGGUUUUAAGUAAUCAUGGUUAUAGUGAUAUUAUGCUAAGGUUUUCAAUCCUUGAACUUGAAUUCUAAUUGCAAAGUAUUCCAGCUUCCGCAUGCGAAUAAAUCCUAUUGACUAAGUCCAAUAUCUCAGCUGUCGCUUGGUUAUAUGGUUCAAACGUCAAUCGAUGCUAUGAGAUUAGCGUCGAUCGAUGUUAACCUACUCAAGAGCACAAGCAUUACAAACAAUUCCUUGAAGGAAAUCUUUAUCACCUUAGCAUAUCUAUAUUUUGAGCUAAUCCCACAUAACCUUACUUUAAACCCUAAAUCUAACAAAUGUAACUACUCAGACAUAGCUAAGCAGAACAUAGCAAAUAUCUGAAUAGAAUGCAUAUAUAGAAUAAUGUAGAAAAACUAGAGUUCCAAUACAAAGCUCUGAAUGAGUCUUAGAUCUUCUCUUCAAACUACUAAAAAUCCUAAGUAUGUUUUGCCAUGAAAAUAAUAAAGUAUUAAAGUGUGUGUUGUCCAAAACAAUGGCAUGGCACAUUAAUAUUAGGUUAAAGUCGGUCACGGGUAUUUUUGUAAUUGAUGUGGAACUUGGGCCAUAAGUCAGUUGGGAACCAAAUCGGAUCUUGCGCGCUUUGCUGUUGAUCGACAACAAGAGUUGUCCAUCAAUCGAUGUUUGACUCUGAAUGUUGACUCUCGACUGGUUCGAUGGACAGCUACGACUUUUGUCGCUUUAUUCCCAAAAUGCCCUAAAAUCGCCACAUAUCUCCAAAACACUUAUAAACCUGUAAAUACUCUUAAAAGACUCCAAAACAUAAUAAAUAAUUCCUAAAACACUUAUAUACCGUGGUUAAAAACUGGUAAAAUCCAUGGUGUAUCAAAAAUCAAACAAUUUAACUUGAACUAACAAUAUACAAGGGAGGAAAUGUUUUGAGUCUAAACCUUCAAUGGUUUCCAAUGACAGACGCUUCAAUCCACUUUGAGUACGUUUUUUUGUUGCUCCUAACUUAUUUUGUCUUUGGUGAUGCUUUCAAUGAUUGAAACAAGAUUGAUCUUUUCUUGCUUCAGAGCUUCUUCAGAUUAAACACAGAAGUCACCGCGCGAAUACGACAUGCAAAACAGUUCAAAAAUGAAAAAAGUUGUGUGCUCUCAAGAAGUUUCUCAAUCUCAAAAAUGGUUUAGAUGAUACUACUAUCUACGCAUCAAGAACAACGAAGAUAUUGUAGCUGUACCCAAAGAGAUUGAAGUAGAUGGUGCAUCGACAAGAACAUUGAUCUAAGUGAAGUUUUUCAGGAUAAUCGAGUUUUCUCGAAGGAGACAAAAAGACAAUGCAAUGUCAGUUGGUCUUGGGCCUAGAUUUUGGAAUCCCUUAUAUAUUAAUUGAAAAACAUUACAACAUUGUUUUGUAGCCACGUGUCACCGUGAGAAUGAAAUUCAGAUUUCUUAGAGAAAUAUGUUGGUCCAUCUUAACUUAUACUAUACAUUUUAUUAAACUAACUAUUAAAUUGAUAAAUAGUGUACAAACAAAUAUCCUCGCAUUUUCCUUAAAUAAAAGCUACGUAAUUACCUAAUAUGAUUAACGUAUAUAUGACAAUUAUUGAUUAUGAAUGAUAAAUAUUUGAUAAUAAUUUUUGUAUCUUAGCUAUUUUUGUUUUAUUUUAUAUUAUUAAAAGAUAUUAAAAAACCACAUUAACCUUAUAAAAUAAUUUAUUAUAUAUAUUAUAUUUUGAAUUUUUAAAACGACUCUAAAUUAUUAAAAACGUUAAAUGUCUCACACUAAAAUUUUGUGAACAAUGGUUUAAUUUUUUUUUGGUAAUAACAAGAUACAAAUAAUCAUAAAUUGUAUGAAUAUGAAAUCUCAUUUACUUGACAUUCAUAUUAUAUAUUAAUAUAGUUUAAAAUAAAACUAUAUAGCAUAGAAAAUACUUAAAUAUGACAAUUUCUAAAUUUGUAUUGAAAAAGUAUUGAAACCUUAAUAUUUUAAUUUUAAAAUUUGCAUUACAAAAAUCACACAUUAGAAAUUUUGUGUUUAUCAUAUGAGUAUAAAUUCUCAAUAAUAAAUAUUUAUAUUAAAAUGUACUAUAUAUCUAUGUCCAUGUCAUUGAAAUUUAGUUAUAUACCAUAUAAAAUAAAUAAAAUGAUUGUUUUGAUUUAUUUACCCUCUCGGACCAGCUACUGAUCAUCGCCUUGGUAAGCUAUUGCCUCGUAAAUAAAAAAGAUGUAUUUUUUUUAUCUAUGUCUUUACUCUAAUUAAAUUAUAUACAUAAUACGUAAAUGAAUACAAAUAUAUAAUAAUAGAUUAAAAUUAGUUUUAUAUAUAACAUUCAUCUCGAGCAAUUGCGCGGAUCUUAAGCUAGUUUUCAUGGUAUAAUAUAAUCCAUGAUCAGCUCAUCAACCACCGUUCAUGGCUCCCAACCACUCGCCCAAGACCGGCUAAUAAAAACCAACACAAUUAUUACCCAAACCUUACAGUGGAUUCUCUUAUUGAUUCUACUUCGCGAACUUGGAAUUCACAGGCACUUCGGGCAUUGGUGUACCCACAUGAUGUCAAAAUUAUAGAAAGCAUACCACUGAGCAGAACUCAGAUGGAAGAUAGGGAUGGAUGGCAUUUCACAAACAAUGGAAAAUAUACGGUUAAAUUAGGAUAUCAGGUAGAACGGAUUUAUGCAGACAGGGACAAAACACCAUUAAUGUUUGGAUCCACAGUUGAUAUAUUGAAAGCGUUCUGUUGGAAAAUACGGUUCCCACCAAAUAUAAAGCAUUUUCUAUGGCAAUUGGUAAAGAGAUGUAUAGCAGUCAAGAAAAAUUUGCAAACGAGAGGGAUACAUGGGGAUAUACGUUGUGCAAGAUACGGAGACGAUGAGGAAUCGAUAAACCAUGUGUUUUUUGAAUGUCCUCCAACACUUCAAGUUUGGGCUCUGUCAAAGAUACCAUCAAAUAUAACUAUUUUUCUAACAAGCUCGCUAUUCACAAACAUGGAUCAUCUCUUUUGGAGAGUUUUCCCGCAGAUGGAUGAUCAUUAGUUUGCAUGAAUACUAUGGUAUAAUUGGAAAGGAAUGAAUAAUAGAUUUUUUAGUAAUCUGGACAUUGAUCCUAAGGACACGCUUAAUUUGGCAGAAAUAGAAUCAACACUUUAGGCUGAGGCACAUAUAUUGAACGAAUAGAGGAAUGUACAACACAUAGAGUUUACGACUCUACCGUCAAUUUCAGGAAGAUGGUGUUUUACAGAUGGUUCCUGGAAAGAUAAUGAUAUUUUCUCUGGACAGGGUUGGCUGAGUACUCUAAAAGGAUUCAAUGGGUUGUUAGGGGCGAGGAAUAUUCGGGCUAGUCUUUCACCUCUUCAUGCGGAGAUGGAAGCACUACUAUGGGCAAUGGAAUGCAUGAGAAACUUACGUCAAUUUCAGGUCACGUUUGCAACAGAUUGCUCUCAAUUGGUGAAGAUGGUUUCAGAACCAGAAGAAUGGUGAGCUUUUGCAAAUUAUUUGGAAGAUAUUAAGGUCCUGAAAGAAAGUUUCCUCCAAUCAGAGAUUAUCUAUGUACCAAGGACGAAAAAUACAAAGGCGGAUAGCCUAGCACGUAAUGUCAGGAAGUAACCGUCUUUCGUCGUUCACAUGGAUCAAGAUCUACCGGUUUGGUUCACAGAGUCAGUGUGAGUCUGCAUAAGUUGAUGACAAAAUAAAAGACAGAUUUAUUCUUUGGUGAUGCCCAUUUUUAUUUUCAGUAAAAUAAUUAAAUCCAUUUUGGAAGCAUAAUUAUUUAAUCUAUUUAAUAUUAGGUUUGCAUAAUAUAAAUCUAUACUAUACUAAAAGGAAGAUAAUCUCCAAUUCUAGCAUGUCCACGUCAGCAUAAAUAAUCAUCCAAUCAGAACAUUUUAUUUUCGGGCUGGGUUUAAAUUUUUUUCUAAAUUGACUUAUGUGUGGCCUUCUUUUGAUUUGGGAUUGGGCUUUUAGAUCAUCUAAUAAUUAGACCUAGGUCUACGACGCGGAACUGAAGUCACGUGUCUCUUCUCGUCUCCUCUACCACUUCGUCUUCUCUCUUCUCCUCUGCCACUUCGGCUUCUCCCCGUAAACCAUUUUGACUGAAUUUUAAUCGAUCCAUCAAUACUACUUCUUUAUGGUUUCAUUUCAGCUCCUUUUUUUCCCUCCUCCUUUAUAUACUGCUCCAUUCCUGUUUCAUCUAUCAAUUUUCUCUUACACUCCUUUAAGUUUAAUUGAUAUGAUCGUUCUGACUCCCCAUGUCUCUCCUCCUAUAUAAAGACCUUUUCCGACCUCCAAGCUCAUUCAACAACAUCCAUAAAACGUCCUCCUGCAAGGCAAACUCAAACGGAAAAAUCUCUAGCCAAGUCUCAGGCGGCUCUAUUUUUCAACGCCAUCACACCAGGCCUCUAUGACUCAGAGUUACGCUUCAGUUUAUUCCACUUAUGGGAGUCAAGAAACAGGGAGCUCCGUAUUGGCUUUGAAGUGCAGCUCUUCAACAAGUAGAUAUGAUCUUUUACUGAUUAACAUAACCCUAUACUGUUUUCUCCUUGUUUUAUAAAAAAACAAUAAACAUUAAAUAUUAAUUCUCAAAUCGUUGCGUCUAACAGACUCUUCGAUAUCCCUGAUGUGGUCGACGAGGAUUUUCUUAUUUUACUAAGUUAAAGAACUUCUGUAUUUUAGAAUACUUGAGGGACUAACUGUGAACUAUCUUCGAGGCGCAAAGGUAUGUAUGGUGGCUUUCAGUUUUUGUUUUCCUUUCGUGUGACAAAAAGGAUUCUAUAUAGCUGAUGUGUAUGUCACCAUGGUAGAUGACAUAGGCAAGGACUAGAGGGCUUAAAGGAGUCAUACGAUCUUGCGUUAUGUGCUUUUUGUGGUGUCUGCACAGAAAUUCAGGCUUGUGAUUGGACCUACAAAAUGCCUACCAAGUAAAUGUAAUAUUUAAAUUUUCAUUUCCGCAGGUGGUAAGCCAUGCCUUCUACGAGCAGGCAUGCUUCUAGCACAAACAAGCGCCCACCAGAGUAUAUAUGCUAUUGGAGUCAGGAUGCACCCUUCGUGAUGUCAUUAAUUAUGUAAGAAUUUCUUUUAUUUAGGAUAAUGUAUUUAGAUUCAAACUGUGUUAACUGUAAAUGGAAACAAUUUUUUUAGCAUUUACCCUACUACUCUCAGCUAACUUUUUCAAGUAGGCAACACAACUUUUACCUCAAGUAACGUGAAAAUGAUUUGCCAACAUGAAGACUGCAGACGACAAGGUCUCCAAGGGUUUAUGGGUCUUUAGCAUCUUACAAUGACCACAAACUAAUUUUCACACUUGUACAUAUACAAAAAAGGCCAAGAAAGUAGUGAAGUGUGAGAAAUCAAGAAACAUUGAUCUACAAGAAUUUCAAUAAUUUUGGUUGGUGACACAUUCUCUUACCUUCUCUCAUUGAUAUUAUCAUGGUUGCUUUCUUUAGCUGGACUAAAAUCGUUCAACAUCAAUGUUUUCUUUUCCUCCAGUUGAAUAUUGUGGAUGCUACAGUUAAAUUGAACUGUGUAAGCAAGGGUUUCAGCUCUCAAGACACUCAAUUGUAAAGGACUUAGCUGGCAGCAUCUUUGAAUGAUCUUUACACGGCUGGCAUCGAAAAGCUUUCGCUGUCACUGAAACACGUUGUACAAGUAAGGAAAUAAAUACAAUCUUUUCUUGGUUUUAAUCUUUUCGGUUGCUGUUAAUUGUAACCUUAGUUCUUUAUCUUAGUUAGAAGAUGGAUGCUCCACUGAAUGAGAGAGAUGGAAGACUUUUAAUGAUGGUUCUAUUUUGCUGAAAUAGGAAUGAGCUUCCAAUGAAUAAAGGUAAACCAUAAGAGAAAUCCCAUUCAAAACCCAUUGUGUCAACAGAGAAUAGAAGUUCUAAUUUUUCUAAGUCAGUUUUUCAUUUAUCAUGCAGGUUAUGUAUUUAUCACAGGCUGUUCUCAACUCUGAUUGUGACGUGUACAAUAGAUGUGCUUAUCUGAAGCUUUCUAAUUAUUUUAUAGCGAUCUAUAACUCUUUGGAUGAAGAUGAGACACUAAGAAAGCUGAUAUAGUAGGUAUGCUUUCACUUACUAUCAAGCGGAGGAAGUUUGAAGUUAUCAAGGCAACUAUCUUAUCAUAUACAAUCAUCUGCCAAACAUGGCCUAAACAUAUUUUUUUCACUCAUUUCAUAUUUCUUUUCAUUUAUUGAUAGAUAGGUAGCUAAGUAAUCAGUAGGGCCAUAUUUCAAUCUAAAUUUGAUGCUCUGUUUCAGAUGUCUAAAUUGCAAUGUUUAUUUUCUGGGCAGGUCGGGCAAUCAAACCGGACUGAAUGGAAAGACUUUAGCUCACGAAUAAACAAAGAAUUACCAAAGAUAAAUUUACAAUUGUAAAAGCUCUCGCAUGCAUCACAUGGUCUGUAAAAAAUAAUAUUCUUGGCUUAGGACAUAAUAGGAUUUUAUCCCAAGAAGAAAUACAGGUAAUUCUAUUUUCAAAAGGUUUAUUACUUCCUUUAUUAUUCACUUCAAAAUUGUAAUUUUAUUUUAUAAAAUCAAGAAUAUGUUCAUUAGGCCUUUAUAUUUUUUACUGGUCAUGCUUCACUUCAUAUUUGUUAUUGGACAUGCUCUGCGUUUUUCAACAUGUCGGGGACAAAGUGCACAAGUGUUUCCUUGAAAGAUCACUAAAACUAAUGAAAGGGGAAAAUAUAAUCUCAAAGGAUCAUGGCAACGUAAAGUCGAAUUGAAACCUCAAAAAGGUAAUGUUUGAGAGCGUGCAUGUUCGAGGGACAUCAUAAGGAUAGAACCACAAAGGCUCCCAAAUGAUCCCAGACUCACGAAAGGAUAUUAUUCCCCCAGAGAGUUGGGUUACAGAAAUGAAGAAAUUGACUUAGGCUUUGGUUUGAAGAAAUUAAUCGAUAGCCGUUCAAUAACAAGCACAACAAUAAAUUGCAAUUGUAAAUCAACUGUAAAAAAAAAACUUCGUCUGAACUAUGUGUUGUCCAAGGUUUAAAACCAUACGAGAAUAGUAACGAAAUUUGAGGAAACUAUUAAAGGAGACAAACUAAUACCACAUUAACCAAUGAUAGGCCAACAAAUAUUUUUAAAUUCCAGUUCACAAAAAAAAUAAAGAAAGUUUAAAAGUCAAUAUAGUGUAUGAAGUUAAUUAACAAAACAAAUAUUAAAGUUAACUUGAAGUAAUCUUUCCAAUUGUGCACUAUCUAAUCUUUCUACAUUAAGUAUCAUUAUAGUUUGAGAAUCUAUUUUAUUGGUCACUAAAGUUUAAAAAUAAGUAAAAUAAUAUAAAUAUAUUUUAAAAUUUUAAUUUAUUCACAACUAAAAAUAGCAUACACUUUCAUCAUUUUAUUAUUUUUACUAUUUUCUAUUAUUUCUUUUACAAAUUAUAUUUUUUUUUACUAUUAAAGUUAUAAAAUAACCAAACUAAAAAUAAGAAACUAGAGCAUAACACAAAAUUUAAAUGCCAUAGUAACACUAAAUCAAUAGAGGUCUAGAGCUGAAAGGAGAUCAAGAACGAAGACUAACUUACCUCAUUGAACCAUAAAGUGUCUUGGCCAGAAUAAUUAAAAAUAAAAAAAAUGAUAGAAAGAUAAAAUCUGAAACAAAGCAAUCCCCCGAACAAAAAUAAGCGCGAUCAAGCACCAACACAAAGAACCAAAAAAGCGGACCAGAAGGAGAAUAAUAAUCAGAAAGCCCAAGUCACCAAGAAGCAGGAAGAUACAUGGAAGCACAACCACUAACAAAAAGGUAAGAAACACUUCACAAACUAAACAAGAAUAAACAAGGCGCCCAUGCAAGUGAAGAAACACAAAGCUCUGGAUAGAAGAGACCAAAGCUCCAAGAGACUAACUACGCACACCUAUACCAAAGGAAACAUGGAAAGAAAAGAAACAACCAGAGGGAGGGAUAAUAGUAACUAACCACCGUGAAAUCAGAGAAUAAGCUUGAGACAAGAAAUAACCUUCAAAGCCCACAUAGCAUUCACAACGAACGAAAACAUUAUCCAAACCUGGAGUGGUACGCAUGGUGAAAGGGAGAGCUACAAGAGAUGCGAGUGAUAGACAAUGGAUUUGACCCAUUUUCGUCCAUGGUUUAUAGGUGUUUUUAUUAUCUAUUAUUAUAUUAUAUAGUCUAUUUAUUAUAUUUAUAAGAUCAUGGGUGAUAUGGAGAUAAGUGAUGAUUUUAGAGCAUUUUGGAGAUAUUUGGAACAAGCACCCGAGAUGACCAUCGAGCUCGACCAUAGGUCGAUAUUGGAGGAGGACUAUCGAUCGAUAUUCACACUUGAACAUCGAUCGACAGCGAAGCGCGCAGAAAGCCUGUUUGGUCACAGCCGACUUGAAGCCCAAGUCUUCAUCAAUUUACAAGAUUAUCCCUGACGAGUUUUAACCUAACUAUAUAAGCAUUGCCACCAUGUUAGAGACAAAGUGUGCUUUUUCUGUGUUUCUAGUUUUAUUACUUUCAUUAAAAGGUUUUAGGAUUGUAAUAGAUUGGAGAGAAGAUCCAAAGUUAUAAUUUAUGAUUGGAACUCCAUUAAUAUCUAUUUUACUAUUCUAUGAAGUUUUCUAACCUAAUUGCUUUCAUGAAUUGCUUGACCAUGUCUGAAUAGUUCCAUUGUUAGAUUUAGGGUUUACAUAGGUUAUGAGGGAUUAACUCCAACUAUAGAUUGCUGAGUUGUGGUAAUUGUCAUUAGUAUUGUUCAUUAAUGCAUGUUUCUAGAUUAGCUACCUAGAACUUGCCCUAGGAUUGAUAGAUAAAAGCGAGACCUUCAUUCUCAUCCUGAAAACAUUCUAACUGAGCUAAGUUUCUUGCUAAGAGUAAGGCGAGAGCUGAUCUAGUGAGCUUAGUAAGAUUUAUUCAACCCGCACAUAAAGCUUAACUAGAAGCGCAGCGAUCGAUAUUCAUAUUGGAUAAUCGAUCGACGGAGCGAAAGGUGUAUCGAUCGAUACCCCUAUAGAAUUAUCGAUCGGCACUGCUAUUGAUCGAACACAUUUAUUUGGGUCAUUAGAUCUAGUUAAUAUACGAGUUCAAACAUGCGAUAGCUGAUGGACUUGUUGAAUUGACAGUUGAGCUUUACAUUAUCAUGCAUGCAACUCAUUAGGCAUCUUUAGGAUUAUAAUUCCAAGUUUUCUGAAUUGAAACCCUAAGUCUAGCUAUUUCCUUUUAAGCACCAAAACCUCAAUCAAUCAAUCGAGCAAUAACUUGCUCAACCAAAACUGCAAAUUUACAUUUCAAAUCUUAAAAACUUCCUAUUUAACAAAUCAUAUUUGAUCCAUUAGGUUCCCUAGCUCCCUGUGAAUUCGAUCCUUAAGUACUACAACUCGACCUCUUAUUUGAGAGAGUAUAAAUCACUCCUUAGGGUAAUUUGAGUGAUAUCAAAUUUGGCACCGUUGCCGGGGAGUUUUGAUUGUCUAUUGAUUUAAUUUUUUUUGUUUCUGACAUAAAACUUUUUUCUUGGAUUUUCAGGUACAUGCCCAGCAGUACUAGAAGCAACAAGGAAACUCAACUACUGUUCUCACCAGAUCCUGCAAGCUUGGAACGUUCAAUCCGCAAAGAAGCACACUCCUCAUCGAUCGAUAACACCACUUGUUCAUUGAUUGAUUUCUGUCAACCACCGUCGAACCACACACUAGUCCAGUCGACCGAUACUCGCUCACCACUAUCGACAGAAGACACUCCUCUUCCAUCGACCGACAUUUUCCAUCCGACAUCGAUCGAUACUUCAAUCUAACCAUCUAUCGAUACUGAACCGCGAGACAUAGUUGCUACUUUGAUACUUGUACGAGAUGACAGAGGAAACCUGCAUUACCAGGAGGGUCAUGUGCGUAAUGCAGCAGUUCAGAGGAUAUAUUCUCAGGGGGCUGCAAUCCCUGAGUCCGAUACUGACGCUACAUGAGCCAUUCUACCUGUAGAUGAGGCUGCUUGAACCAAAACGUUGGCUGACUACAACCGUCCAUAUUAGUUCUACACCAACCGAUCAGCCAUUCGUCCUCCCACUGUUCAGAGGGAUUUCGAGUUGACGCCACAGUACUACACACUCGUGGGACAGACACCCUACUAUGAGUUAUCUCACGAGCAUCCAAAGCAGUUACCACCAUGAUCUAUGACAUCCUGGGGCGCCAUCAAGAAUGCAAUCUUAUGCAAUUUAUUUGAUGAAGCGCGUGCUGAAGACUUGAGGAGCAAGAUUUCUACAUUCACUCAGGAGCCUGCAGAGUCAUUCAAAAGCUCCUAGAUUAGAUUAAAGUCUUAUCAAAGAGACUGUCUACACCAUGGAUUCAAUGAAGUACAGCUGCUCAGUACUUUCUACAGAGGCAUCGCGAUCCAGUACCAGAUGGCUCUUAAUGCUUCCAGCAAUGGAAACUUCAACACCAGGAAUCCAGAGGAGGCAAUGAAGGUUAUUGAGAACCUAGCAUCUAGCAGCAGCACCAAAAACACUGACUUUGAGAGGAGAAAACCUGCCAUUAUCCUUGGGAAUGAUUAGAUAGAUGAUGUGAAGGCAAAGCGGGACAGUGUUCACAAGCUUGUCAGAAAGAAGGUCGGUUUCGUUGAAGAAGCAGAGGCUGUAGGCACAGAGGGUAGAGCAGAGGAAGCAGAUGUGAACUUCAUCAGUGGAACUGGAAUCCAAGGUUCGGGGAACCAGGAAGGAAACAUGAACUCCUAUGGAAAUAUGGGUAACUUCAACCAGAGUUCGCAGCACCAGAAAUCCUACAUCAACAACUACAACAACAACAUGGGUUAUGGAAGCUCCUAUUACCAGACACCACCAGCGCCAACUCAGGAGAGCAAGAUUGAGGAGAUGUUUGAUAGAGUCCUAGAGGGACAUCAGCGCAUGACGGUGGACUUCAAUGGGAAGAUUGAUUCUGUCUACACCAACCUGAACAAAAAAUUAGAAACUUUGAGCACUCAUGUGAAGAAGCUAGAGAUACAAGUUGUUCAGAGAGGAGAAGCUGUUAAGAGGUAGGGAUCCUUAACAAAAGGGGUAGAAGAUCACGUGAUGAGACACCACGUGAAUGCCAUCAUUGGGGAUGAUUUAUGGCAAGUGGUAAUGGAAGAGAAGCUGCAAGAAGGAUUCAAAUAGAAAGUCUGAUGAGUUUCGGCGGAUCACAUUGGUGUCGAUCGACGCCAAGCUACGAAUAUCGAUCGACAGAGGUCAUCCAAAAUCGAUCGACGUCCUCUCCUGGACAUCACUCGACAACACCUACGGAAUCAACCGCAUCUUGCAAAGCCGUGAGGAUCAUGACCCACGAGGAGUUCGCAGCAAAACACCCACAUCCACCCAGCCCUGUCUACGUAAACAUUGAUUGACAUUCUGACCCCAUCAUUGAUCGACAACAGGAGACCGUCAUCGAUCGACAACCUCAAGCGCCUAUCAAUCGACGAGCACCUAUUACGUACGGAGUGCAGAUGCCAAAGAUAGAUGUUGCACGUCUUAAUGCACUCAGGCCCAAACCCAAACCUACAUAAAACAUAUCGGAGACCGUCAGGACACUUUCAGAUGAUGGAGUGGAUCCUAUGGAAAUCGAUAGGAUUCCUAAAGGAAGAACCCUAAGUAAAAGAAAGGAAAAAGUGUCGAAACAUCUGAAGAGGGGGGCUAAUGAAAAGGAAAAGGAAAGUUUCCGAAAAAGAGUCUUCAGGAUUCCUCUAGAUAAGCCAAUCGAUGAAGCUUAUUAUACCCACAUGUGAAUGUUCUUCAGAGAAACUAUAGAGACAGAAGAAGUGACAUUAAGAGAAUGUUUUGUGAAGCUAACGAAAAGAUGAAGAUGAGGAUUACAUUGAAGAAGAAGGGUGAUCCUGGGCAAUUUCCAAUACCUUGCACGGUGAAGGGUAUUGAAUUCCCACAUGCCUUGUGCGACACAUGAGCAUCAGUCAGCAUCCUACCUAGGAUUAUGGCAGACCAUCUGGGUCUGCAAGUGGAUCCAUCACAUGACUUAUUUACUUUUGUGGAUUGUUCCCUGCGGAACUCAAGAGUAAUUGUGAGAGACCUAGAGGUGCUGAUUGGUAAUGCCCUAGUUCCAGUAGAUUUCCAUGUCUUGGAUAUCAAGCUGAACUGGAAGUCUUCUCUAUACUUGGGAGAGCCUUCUUAUCAACAGUGGAAGCAGUGUGCAACUUGCAAACCAACCAGUUGUAUCUACCACUCAUCGAUCCUAAUGCCCACUACGACCCUAUUCCAAUCAAGAAGCCACAGACGACCUCCAGAAGAAUCAAUGAUCAAGGAAUCAUUGCAGCAUGCCAGUGUGGAACCGAGUACGAGACCGAAUACUCAGCGUCAGUCAAAACUCACACUGCAACAUCGAUCAAGAGUGCCAAUCAGAAAUCGACCGACACUCCAAAAGAAGAAUCGGUCGACAGUAAUCAAGGAGAAUGGAAAAACGACUACUAUAUUCCCACUAUGGCAACACACACCAUGCAUACAUAAUUAUGAGGAAGAACGAGCUAUAGAGCAAAGAGCGACUCUUGACGAGGAAGAUAGACUUUUCCAUCAUUUGUUUUGGACAAAGAACUCGCCAUCAAUCGACAGAUACACAACAUCGAUCGACACUCAACCUCACCAACCAAACCACCUUCGAGCAUCGACCGACAACGCCUACUUUCCAUCGAUCGACAUUAACGUCGAUGCUACCAGAGACGGAGAUUACUCAAUUGGCAGGUGGGCAGAUAAUCGCUAUCACGAGAGCUACGCAGUAGAGAACACAUAUCGUGAUCAAAGAGAUGAUGAACUUAAUGAGGGUUUCACAUACGAGGAGCUUCUCAACAUGCAAAGACGCGAUAAAACAGAUCAGAAUCGAGCAGCAGCUGCUUGGGAAAGAACACGUUUCAGCCAUCCGAUCGACAGGGAGAGCCGUCCAUCGAUCGACACCAAUCAUUCAAAAUCAAACGACAUCAGCAAUACAACAUCAAUUGACAUCAGUCCAAAAUAGACGGACGUACACCGCACGUAUCUCGAGAGGACAUCACAGACAUCCUUCAGACAGCUAAUGGAGCAGACAACCUGUUCAUACAUCAACACAACAUUCCAUAACACCAACAGAAAGAGUCAUAUGACACAGCUAGCGGCAUAGACAUAAUCUUCAAACAAAGGACUCGCCAUCCAACUCAACCAUCGUUCAACGUUGACGUCCCAACAUCGGUCGAUAGAAGUCCGGAAUUCGAUAGAAGAGCUUUCGAUCUUUUGGGUACAAGGAGAUUCUACUGGGAAGAGAAGGAUGAGUAUGGAUAUACAGAGAUGAUCAGGGCUACGCCAGAGAUCUAGAUGAACACACCAUUCGUGUUCACAACAGAGAUAUUAGAAGACUUCUGGAACGAGCUUCAAGAGAUGAGCCAAGCUAUAUAUGUCUUCCUGAACAUGCUAGCUCAUUCACACAGACCAAGCUGGUACAAGAGAUCUACACCAAGGACGAGAUCAGUGAGAUGUUCUAUGGAGUCUAUGGAGAACACGAGAAGAACAAAGAAGCCUUUAAGAUGAAACUUGAUGGUGUCUACUAUCCACUGAAUGAUAGUAUCAGUUGGCUGACUACUUGCAUGGAGGAGAUGAAGCAAGACAUAGCUAGAAUUCAGCGCGCGACCGACAUUGCUCGACCUACAUCGAUCUACAACCGCUUACGCACAUCGAUCGACAGUCGUUUACGUACAUCGAUCGACAACCACAUACCAGCAUCGGUCGACGACAAUCCACCACACCCAAAUUCGAUAAAGGCUCAACCAGAUUUUUACACCAGGGUAGAGAUAGAUCAGAUAGUGGAAGGGAUCUACAGAGCUCUGGAAUCUACAGAGGAGAGGCUUGAUGGGAGAUGUGAUGAUAUCUAUUUCCCAAUAGAUCUUAGCAUUAGUGCUUUGACCUCAAAGAUAGAAGCUAUUCAAGGGGAAUUGGUGGAUAUUCAGAGUUACAUUGCUCGUCGGCCAGAAGCAUCACCAUCGAUCGACAGACGCAACAACAAAUCGACCCACAUUCAUCAACAUAUAUCGGUCGACAAAGCUUCAAACCGAGGAAGGCUAGUACAAAAGAUAACAUCCGACAUGUCUGAUACACACAACCAUGGAGAUGAGAUCUCAGCUGACACAUACGCCAAACUUAUGAGACAUCAGUUCAAUCUGGAGAGUCUUGAAGAUAAAUUGCAGAAGAUAGAAGAUGCAACUACAAUAAUGAAGGAAAAAUGGCGCAGAGGAGAUGAAGCAAUGAGAGACUUCACUGGUACAUGGUUCAACAAGCGCAAAGAAGAUAUGGAGACUUGUUUCCCAACAAGUACCAACCCACUAUUAGGUAAUAUUAUUUAGUUUUUAUUAAUAUAUUAUUUAUGUUGGCUUUUAUUUAUUGCAGGUCAUAAAAAAAUAAAAUAAAAAAGCAAAACAAAAACAUAUCCAAGUAGACGAAUGCCCUUAGUAUCGACCGAUGAGACACUGUCGACAUCGAUCGACAUGAAAGCACCUGCAUCCACUGAUAUCACCAUCCUUACAUCGGUCGACAUCCAUUCCAGUCUGGUAUAUCGUUCUAACUCGUUACCUUAAGUACUUAUAAUUUAUUAUCACCAUAACUCCGACUGAAUUUACACUAGGGACAGUGUAGUUUAAGUUUAGGGAAGGUUUACUGAUAUUAGUUUAUUUAUGAAUUAUAAAAAUAUAUUUUCAAACAUAAAGUUUUUAUUGAGUCAAGAAGAGGAUAAUGAACUUAUUAGAUUUUUACUUGUUAUCUAACCACUCUUUAGCACCAUUCUAGACUUAUUGAUUGCAAAUAGUACUAAAGAUACUAAAGUGGAUCAACAUGUCAACUGUGUUACACUUUUUGAGAUUGUUCGAAGGAACCAAAGCUGACCUCCAAUAUUAAACUUGAUACAACUGCUUGUCUUGGGGUUUGGUAUACAUGAGAUCGGAUUCUUCAAACAAGUUUGGAAGGUAAAGCCUAGUGUAGAUAGAUUUAUCACCCUCUCUCUCUAUUUUCGAAAUAUAAAUAUGCAAAAUAAAAUAAAUAAAUAAUAAUAAUAAUAAUAAUAUUUAUAUAUAUAUUAUAGAUUUAUUUAGGAAGGAAUUCGAACAAGAUUUGGUGGCUACAACCAUUAAGGCUUGCUUCAUAUGAAUUCUAUAGGUAAAGGAUUAGAACAUGACUUGGUGGCUACAACCAUUAAGGCUUGCUUUACAAAUAAUCCUAGGAUAUAGGUCAAAAA